UAUACUUAGUCAAGUUCUCUUCUCCUUCUUCUUCUUCCUCCGAUUUCUAUGGCCUUGUGAGAGAACAGCAAGGAAGCUUCAAGCUCUACCUAGGUACCUAUGGCACGGCCGACUCCUACUGAAUAGACAGCUGCCGCCCAAGGCUUGACCCAAGAGAGUUGUUGGCACAAGACAAUCCAAUCCCACUCGUAGUCGCGUCCCGAGCGAGACAUCACCACCAUCGAUCGACAUGACUGACGAUAACCACACCUACAGCGCCAAGUGUCGCCUGGCCCCUGUUUCUCGCGUUCAACGCGAAGAUGAGGUCCCCCCGGUCGAGGCUCAGUUCUUCUACUCGUCAGUGAUACCCAUUGAUGAUCCUCUUUCAACUCCCUCAACUGUUGGUACCGAUUCAAAGACAAGUAGAGGACAAGUGCGCGCCUUUUCUCGAGGUGAUAAUAAUGCACUGGAAAAGGCUUGGCUGAGUCUCAUGAUUGAGCCUUCACGUCGCGCUCAUCAAGAUGCACUUAGGAAUCUGGAUCGCACUCCUCAGUUUGACCCAGGGGUGCUCGCAUCACUCAUUCAGCUUAUAACUACAAAUCACUGGGAGAUGCACCGGAAAGGCUAUAAGCCACAAGAUGUGACAGCACCAGUCAGUGAUGUACUGCCCACAACGCCUGUGUCCACUUGUUGCUCUGAACUGGUCCUUCACGUUUCCCAAGAACUUGAGAGAGCUUUCUGCGCCCUGGUCAGGCGGCGAAAUCCAGCCCUGAAUGUGGACCAUGUCACGCAACAGGUCGUGUUUGCACUUGAUCGGUUGAAAAAGCAAGCCAACGAUGAAGUUGAGGCUCAGCCGGGAUCAAACAGCACACCCUCGAGCCAUCCAGGAACCGCUUCCGCCAGUACUACUGACCACCCAGUUACCCACAUUCCCAGAACCACAACAACGGAGCCUCGUAGUUCUAAGCGUCGAUCAACUAUAGGAGAAAUGAGAGCGAGAACCAAUAGCUUAUCCACCUCACAGCCACCACGAGUACAAACACCCGUUGGCAGUCCCGGCCUUACACGACCACCAGUUGUCGAUGAUGGAAUUUCAGGCAGACCAUUCGUACGCGUUGGAAGUCCAGAGACGCAAUCAGAACCCGGAUCUCUCCCGCUGACUGGACUCGGAGGCUCAGGCCGACAUACCUCUCGAAACCCAGAUCAUAUUCCAGGCGUUCCCGCACGAGAAGAGACUGUAACCAUUGCGGACCAAGGGACUCAGGCAGUACCCGAAGAGAGCCAGACCAAAGUAGCCGAGGUUGCGGUCGGAAUAUCAAGACUUCAUAUGGUCUCGUUGCCUGUGCUUCAGAUGAAGCCGAUAUACUGGUCCCCAAUCAACGAUGUUGCAGUUGUUUCUAGGGCGACUUGGUUCUAUAGAGAUACUAUGCUCCCAAUACCGCCAGCUGUUGCCAACCAGUUAGAGGCCGGCUAUCACUAUUUGCGACCGUGGACUGAGACAUGGAGUGAUGAGCUCCGAUGUGCUAUCGACGUUGGACCACUGGGUGAAGAAAAGAUUUCGCAUAGACUAUGGCCCGAGGAUUCAGAGAUAGGAUCCGGAGACGACUUCCCUGAGCCAGUCAUACCAUCAGAUCCAUUUUGUGCUGCUCGCUGCUUUCGGGGUGAAGCUGCUGCUGAAGGUAACAUUGAUGCGACCCCCAUGAAGAAGGCCACAGCGGAAGACGCAAACAUCCUGACCCGACCGUAUUCGAAUUAUCAUGUCCUGUAUAAGAAUGCCACUGAGGCUUUUCUCCUAAAACCGAGCCUAAAGCCAUCAGCAUACUAUGGCCGACGGCCAACGAUGAAGAUCAUGAAAGGCGUCACUGUCGGGAUUCCUGUCGCUCGAGGAUUCGACCGAGCAGCAUGGGAGCACCUACACCACAAGAUACAGGCACCAAACAAAGCAGGUGCUUCUGCUGCCGAUGAGUCGCACGAAAACCGUGGACAAGAUGUAUGCGCUGCUUGCAAAGCUGACAAGGCGAAGCGUCAAGUGACUGAUCUGGUUCUUGUCGCUCACGGCAUUGGCCAGAAGUUUGCGGAGAGGGUUGAGAGUUUCCAUUUCACUCAUGCCAUCAAUGGAUUUCGCCGAGCUGUGAAUAUGGAGCUCCAGAGCCCUCUGGUCAAGCAGGUUCUGCGCGAUGAUCAGAAUGGACUGAUGAUCUUGCCCCUGAAUUGGCGAAUGGGCCUGUCUUUUGAGGAUGGAGGACCAAUGAGGGAGGAAGAUAAGGAGGAAUACACGCCUGAGGGGUUUGGACUCAAAGACAUCGAACCUGAUACGAUUCCGGCCGUCCGCAGCAUGAUAUCAGACAUCAUGUUCGACAUCCCCUUUUACAUGUCACAUCACAAAGGGAAAAUGAUCCAGGCUCUUGUAUCAGAAGCAAAUCGUGUCUAUCGGCUCUGGUGCCGCAACAACCCAGGUUUUGCUGACAAUGGACGCGUCCACAUGAUCGGACAUUCCCUUGGGAGUGCAAUGGCUCUUGAGAUUCUCUCAAAUCAACCUACCACAGUGCCAAGGCUGGACUGGUCUCGAAAGGAACCCGAGGCACGUUUCUUCGAGUUUGAUACCAAGAAUCUUUUCCUGGCGGGCAGUCCUGCGGGAUUCUUUCUUCUUCUGGAGCGCGGUGUUCUGAUGCCUCGUCAUGGUCGAAUGAAGCCUGGAGCUGAUUCAAACGACAUCGUAUCGAAAGACGUCGUAGCAGACGCCGGGACUUUUGGCUGCUUGGCUGUGGACAAUAUAUACAACAUCCUGGCCAAGGAAGAUCCCAUUGCGUACCUUCUGAAUGGCGCCGUGGACCCUGUCUACGCGGCGAGUCUCAAAAAGGCUUACGUACCUAGUAUUUCGGGUUCUCUGUGGAAGUCUGUCGGCGCCGUAAUGCGAGGAGUAGUACCAGGCAUGGCACCAGCACCCAACCCUCUAGUCCCGGAGCCGGAGCGACCUUCAACGAUCCGAUUGCCCUCUCAAUUAGAGCUCGAGGUGCACGACUUUACCCGGGAAGAGAUUGCAGAGAGAAAGGCAUUUCUGCUUAACGACAACGGGCAAAUCGACUGGUACCUCCGCUCUAGGGGAGGGCCUUUGGAGAUACAGUACCUCAACAUGCUCAGUGCGCACUCCAGCUAUUGGACUAAUCAUGAUUUUAUUCGAAUGCUUUGCAUUGAGAUUGGACGAAAGCCGGGUCGGGCAAAUUCUAUUCCCGCCUUCCGAGCAACAAAGGCUGCCAAGAGACUUUUGGUAGAUUAGAUUGUUGUUCUUACCUUUAACGCACAGAGCAGAUGAUAUCCUUGUUUUGUCCAUUGUUUCUCAUGAUUGAAUAGGCCCGAGUUGGGCGAACGCCCAGCAUUCGGCGUUCUGGCAUCGUAUUUGGAGCGAGUCAAAAAUAAGGCUUGGUUAGAUUUCUGUUCAAGUUGAAUCAACACUGCAAAAGAGCUAGGCAACUAACUUUAGAUGGGGUUAGCAUUCUCUGAUUAGUCCGAAUAAUAUGAUACAACUUGAUUUGCUUUUGGCCUUGCAGUCUAAACCCGUUUUUCUAACGUCUGGUAUUGCAGUUGCUCGAACGAAUCUAGAAACCAUCCAUCUCCAUCAUAUCUUGGUCAAACUCGUCCUCGUCGUACUCAAAAUUGUUGUCCUGCGCGGCAGGCUUUGGUUGUUGAGCUUCCUCCUCGAGCUCCUUGAUCCUCUCUAGAUCCAUCUUCUCCUUAUGUUCCAUCAGAUCUUUAUAUCCCCAGGUGCUGAUACCUUCCUGGUCUUUAGCCCGGAACGGUUGCGCCAUAGUUCGAAGGAAUCGUCUUGCACUGCUGACGGCCAUGUCCGUGCUUAGAUUGACGUCUGAUUCUUGGAGGCCUUGGUUGAUCCAUUUGGGUAGCUGUGAGCGCUUCUUCUGAAAUCGCCGGUCGGCAAGGACCAUGAUUCCAUAGUCGUCCUUACCACGCAAGACUCGGCCCAGGCACUGGGCGGCGUGUCGCAUUGCAUCAAAGGAGAGGAAGUCAUUCUCCUUGAUGCGGUAUGUUUCUCUCAAGAACUGAAGACGAGCCUUGAGAAUACGUGACUCGGUGUAUUGGAAUGGAACUCCAAUGCAUAGCACAGUGCGACCAUAUUGAUGGUCGAAAUCGAUGCCCUCGGAUACCUUUCCUCGAGCGACACAGAGUAGAACGGCACCUCUACCGUUACAGCACGCUGUGCGGUAGGUCUCCAGAGCAAGCGAUGUCUCCUGUGCAUCGGGUGUUUCCACCAGGAUCAGUUUGUACUUCCAAACUUCAUCAAGGAUACCCAUUCCUUGCCACAUACUAAUGAUAGAUUCCAUAUAAAGAUAGGAUGGAAAGAAGACAACCAUCCCAUCCGGCGUGAUCUUGGCGAAUUCCGUGAGUAGGUUGCCGUAGUUUCGGACCACACUGGGUUCAUUCCGCACUUGAAAGCUGGUGGAGACGGAAGCCUGAUCACUACCUCGAGUGACAAUCAUAGGCAUGAAGGACCUCCGGGCGAGGGUCAUGGCAUAGGAUUCUUGUAUCACAGUUGAGAAAUCCAGCAUCUUUGGGUAUAUCUCCAGUGGGGAAAUGGUACCAGACGUGAUAAUGACAGAGUAGAACCUGUCAAAAACGGGCUUGAUAGCUAUGGCAGCGUCAAGGCAGGUGAAGUGAAGGACCGGGUUAGGCACUUCAGCAGUAUCGGACUCAAAGGGCUCAAGAAUAAGGAG